AUGCCUUUAGGCGCCUCUUUGAGGCUUGAUCAUCACGGGUUAAAGAUUUUCGCAAAUAUAUCAAUAUUGUUUAUUUUUUUCUUGGCAAAAGUGAUCGGCGUGACAAAUGAUAUAUCAGACACUAAGGUAAAUCCAUCUCCCGUUUCUAUCGAUUUGAAAAUCAAGGCGAGUGAAGAAGCCAAGAAAAUAUUACCGGAAACUGGGAUAAAUGUAUUGCCUUCAUAUACAAAAACCGAUGUUAUUAAACCACCUGUAUCUCGACCUCCUAUCUCUAUUUUACCCGAUGAUCCAGAAGAAAAGCGGAAAUCC